AAGGCCAUAACGUAUACAUAACUGGAUUCUAAAAUCAUUGAGUCAGUUGAUUAUUUAUCAAUAAACAGUUUUUGAGAUUUUAAAUAUAAAAACUCUGCGAAUUAAAUGGAAAUGUUAAAAAAUAAAAAAAAUUAUGUAAUUUUGGUGACAUCAUGUAAAUAUACAAUUCUUGGUAGCACUUAUUGUAUCAUACAUGAAUGAAAUUGUUUUUUAAAGUGAAAUAUAAUGAAUAUGAAAUAUUAUUGUUAAUAGUUUUGAUGAAUGAAUAAACAUUUUAAAAAAUUGGUCUUUUUAAUAUAAAAAGUAACGGAUGAGUUUCACAGAAAUUUUUUAAUGUAUUAAUGGAUUCGAUAAAUAAAUCAACAAGAACUUUGCCUCCGCUUGUCGAAGGUAAAAUUCAUGGCUAUUUAGAAUUCACAAUUGACAAAAUUGUUUGGAUUCAAAAGAAUCCUGGGAAUAUUUUAAUUAUUGCAUCUUGGUGGGGAGAACUUGAUAAUGCACAAUUCAGGUUUGAUGCCUUUGAUGGUAAAGAGCAUAAGUCUAGAAAAGAGUCAACUAAAACUUAUGCCAUAAAAACCAACUUUAAUCUCUUUAAGGAAUAUUUAAAAAAUGCUGAUAAUAUAGAACUGUCGAUUAAGUUAGAAAAAUCCCAACAUAUAAUAGGGACAGCUUAUGUCAAAAAAUUAAUAAAUUUAUUUUUUUGUAAGUCUUUUACUCAAUCUUCUCCAAUAUUCAAUAAUAAUGGUGUAAAGAUUGGAGAUGUGUAUGUUAGAAUAACGUUAACUCCAAUAAAAAAUAUGAAAAGCUUGCAUUCCAUGAAAGAAUCGAAAAAGAAGAUCUCAACAAUUGACAAAUCAACAUCAAAUAUUUCUAGCAUGCCAAUUACAAAUAUGCAAAACAUUGACUCCAAUUAUAUGAAGUAUGAUGUAAACAGUUUUAAUGAAUUUGACAAUUUACCAUUAAAAUUGAAAAAUAUUCAUGAUAAUGACAAUAUUUAUCAAUCAAUUUUGAAAGAUAAACGUUCUGAUUUUACUACUUUAUCUCCAAAAAGUGCUAUUGACAUUACAGACAAAUUAGUCGCUCAAGUUGUAGCCCGAGCUCGUAAAUUAAGAAGUGAAAUGACGUAUGAUUUGAAAACACAAGCUAUAAAUAAUGAAGAUUCAUUGUUAAUGGAUGGGAAUUCAAUUUCAGAUAGUUUAAAUUCAAAUGAAUCUGUGAAAAAAGAAGCAGCACUUUAUGAAUAUUUCCUGGGAAAAGAAAUGAGUUUUCGGAGUGAGAAAAAUGCUCUUGAAACCCUUAGAACUUGUUCUCCUACUCCAAGUCUUAUUGAUAUUGCUACAGAAACGAUAAAAUCAUGCAAUCAAAAUAAAUUAGAAAUCACUAAAAAAGAAAGAAAAACGUAUCAUAAUAGUAAUUUUCAUUCAAGCUAUUCAGAAGAUGAUACAGAAUCAGAUUCAAUCAUUUCUUCAAAUAAAAUUUGUUUACACAGUAAAGCAGCUUCUCCUCUCGACUAUGUAGAUAGUGUGAAAAUUAUUGUUGAUUUUCUAAUUCUAAGUUCUGCUGGAUAUCGUCGAGUAAAAUCAUCGUGUAUAUCAAGAGGUGAUGGACUUCCUAUUGCUGUAACGUAUAUUGUUCAAUAUGAUACAAUGUUCAUUAAUGUUAAAAAUUUAAAUAAAAAUAACAAGAAAAUUCUAAAUCCAAGAAAAUCAGUGAAGAUGUGUUCAAAAAGACAAGAAGGACUAUUAGUUUAUUUCAAUCAUGAAAAUGUCUAUGAUUUAUCUAAACAAUAUCUUUAUACAGAUGUGCCGUUGAAAUUUAAAGUAUUUAAUCGGCAUAUUAAUCAAAAAACUCCUACGGAACUAGGUCUUGGAUCCAUAUACAUCAGUGAUGCUUCAAAAUCUCAAUUUCUAAGUAGUACUCAAAAAGUAGCAAUUAUUAAGAAAGGAAUAAAAACUGGAGAACUAAAAGUGAAAAUAGAAUUAGGUUGUGAUAAAAUUCAUUUUGGAAGGCAAUUUGUAGAAGCAAUAUCUUCAGCUAAAGAAAAUAUCCCUGUACUAGAAUUAUCAUCUGAUUCAAUGAUUAGUAAAGAUAAUUCAUCACACAAGUAUAGGACAAUAACAGGAAAUGAAUCAAAAUCUGGCUCUAAAGGAAAUGUUUCUCCAGCCAAGCAAGAUAAAAUGAAACCAUUGAGUGAUUCAACUAAAAAAAAUAAAAAAAACACUCAACACCAGAAAAGGGAUGAAGUAUUUUUUGAUACACAAUUUCCUAAUAAUUCUAAAGAAAAAAUUUUACUUCAUGGUUUAAUUUAUGUUGGAGAUGGUAAAGAUCUCCCAGAAAUGAGUACUUAUUUAAUUUGUAGAGCUUUUUGGAGAGAAGAUAGAUCAAUAAGUAGAGUUUGUAGUGGAACAACCAAUCCUUUUUAUCAUUUUCAUCAAUUAGUACCUUUAAUUCAUGGUCCAGAGCUACUAGAAAGAACCAAGGAUAAUUGUAUAAUAAUUGAAGUUUAUUCAAGGCAUGCUGAAUGUGAUGAUAAACUCAUAGGAAUUGCUAAACUUUCAGUUCAUCAACUCUAUGUUGCCUUCAGGGAUCCUUUGGUUUUACCACAUUUAUUAAAAUCAAAGUAUCCAAUUAUAAGUGUUGAUGGGUGGGUACCCAUAACCGAUCCUGUGUCUGGGAAAAUUCAAGGUCAGCUUUAUGCUUUAGUAGCUUUAGGAACUGUUGAUCAAAUAGCUCUUUUAGAAAUGACUCGUGGACUUCGUGAUCCAUAUAUAACUGCUCAGAUUAAUCGUAGUGAUACUCCAAAAUUUUCUUCGAAUAUUGAAAAUAAUGAAAUUCUUCAAAAUGAAAAAUUAGAUAAACAUUAUUCUGAAAGGUUUUACCAAAAUAAUCAUAGAGAUAGACUUCAAGAAAAAAAAUCUCAAGAAUGUCAAACAGAAAUAACUACUGUAAAUGAUUUGAAGCGCCAAGCAAGUGAAGAAUUUGAAUCUAACCAUGAAAAAUCUACAGGAUUGCAUGAAAUAAUUGAUAGAUCUGCUCAUACUUCAACUGUUCCAAGAACUAUUGUUGAUCAAGAAGCUCAGGUAGAUUUUGAUUUUUCUUCUGAUCCUCGAGAUCAUAUAAAAGUGUACAGUGUUGAGCCACUCUGCUUAGAUGGUCUUAAUAGCAAUAGUUAUUCAAUCGAGAGUUCAAAUGGAAGUCCAAGAGAUAAUUUUAACAUGCCCAGAGAAAUUUUUCGAAGUGUUGGAGUUGGUGCUGAGUUCGAUGAAGAAGUUGACUUGACAUCAAAUAAUGUAGCUUAUGAUGCUCAGAAUGAUGGCAAUGUAGCUGGAUCGUCUUUUCAUGUUGAUGAUAACUCUAGAAGUUUUAAUGAUGAAGAAAGAGAAGAUUUUUACAGUACUGAAAGACACUUGCCAUCAGUUGAAAACCAAUCUACAAAUAUUUCAAAUGAUGUUAUGGAAAAAGGUUUCAACGCAGCUAUAGAAAUAUCUUGGGCUCUUCACUUACCAAAAAUAGAAAAAGAUAAUCAGUUCAUUGAUCCAUGUACUUAUGUAACAUUUCAAAAAUUCAGGGAUAAUACUAAUACUAAAAUUGAUGCCUACAUGACAACAGAUGUAUACCCUUUUAGUUGCAAUCCAAAAUAUGAUUGGCGAAUUAAUACAAAAUUAUCAUGUGACUUAUUAACUAAACAAGAUAAAAAACUUAUCAUGAAAGUUUGGCGAUUAAUUGAUCCAGAUGUAAGUAUGGAAGUGAAUAUAGAAAAAGAUAUUGGAAUUGGAUCAGCAGUAUUAGAUCUGACCGUACUUACUGUUGGGUUUCCACUUGUUUCUGGCUGGUUUAAUAUAACAGAUUUCAAUGGAAAAUGUAAUGGGCAAUUGCAAGUUAGUGUUACACCACUCGAUAAUAUUGAUAAAUUUAAAACUUCGGCAGCAAUCGCUUUUGAGCCAACUAUAAUAAAUGAACCUCACAAUAUACGUGAAACUAACGAAAGUAAAGCUCAAGCUAGAGUCGAACCUGUAAUUGAUAUCGGUUUUAGUCUAGAAGAUACAUCGAUGUCAUUUUUAUCACAAUCUUUAAAACAAAAACUAAGUGAACUGGAUGAAAUAAAACAACGUCUCCAGUCUCGUUUACAGGACGUAACAAAUACAGCAUUUGAUGAUUAUGAAAAUGACUUUGAUUUUGGAGAUCACGAUGACGAUCAUGAAGGUACCGAAAAAAAUGAUAAUCAAGCUGUCAGUAAUCGCGAUUCAAUAACUUGGUCAUCUCCAUUAGUUGAUAAUCAGUCAAUUAAUUGCAAAACUAAUACUGAUCAAACGACAAGUGGAAAUCGAUAUGCUAAUAACGGUAAUGAUGGUCAUAAUUAUUCAGUACAAUCUUCAAGUGAAAAUAACACGGUUACUGUCGAAGGUAAUCCGCCAGAUACCGGCUAUUCUUCUAAUUCAAAUAACCAUGGAAGUCAAAAUUUAACUAAUGGAAACAUUUAUAAAGAUAAUUCAAAUUAUUAUUGUAAAAAUUUAAAAUCAACUCAAACUCAUUAUCGUAAUCAACAAAUGGAUGGAGGUGUUAAAAAUCACGGAAAUGAAGAAACAAGUGUUUGUAACUUUAACUCAAAUUCAAGCUAUUUAUCAUCAGAAAAUCAAUUUAAUGAAGCUGACUAUCCAAUAAGAGGAACUAGAAUACAUAUAAAUCAUUUAUUAGACAAAUUAUCAACUCAAUUAUCUUCAGCACCACCACCAAUUAAUUACUUGCCGAUGAAAAGAAAUAUAAUGGACCUAAUAAGCAGUCUAAGAAGAAACAAUAAUAAUAUUUCUCAUAAUGUUAAGUGUAAUCGUGAGGCUCAUGUUCGUACAGUUCCCACGCAAACUGAUAUGAAUUAUUUGAGUGAUUCUAAGCUUAAUGAUACUUCAAAUAACACAGCCUACCAUGAAAGAGACAAUCGAAAAGAUGAUACAGAAAUACCGGCAAAAACGCAAAAAAGAGAAAAAAUUUCUACAGUUAUUAGAGAUGAAUUAAUUGCGGAUGAUCAUAAUGACACUACUGAAUAUGAUUAUUUAUCAACAUAUUUAAUGACUUCUAAUGUUCGUCAUAUGGGUGUUAAUGGAAUGAAUCCCUUAUUUUACACUCAUAUGAUUCCAGAUCUUCCCGUUCCUGAAAAUGAUUCUGUGAAACAUGAUCAAAAUGUUCAACAAAACUCCAGUCCUAGUUCAGCUUUAGAAAACGAAGCUGCUGAAAUACUAGAUAAUCGAUAUGUGGAAUCAUUUAAUGCUACGAUCAAGAAAGGAAUCGCAAGAUUAAAAAAUAUACAACAUAAGAUGGAAUCAACACCAAAAGUAAUUCCACCAAAUUCUCAAGAGUUAGCUGAACAUGCUGAGGAAUUUCGCGUGACUCCGUCUGUCGUGUCUGAGAACAUCGAUGUAACAGUAAUGCAUAAACCUUGUAACGAUGAUUUAAUGGCUAGUAAUAGUAUGGGAUCAACUACCACAACUUCGAUAGAUAACAACACGCAAACUUUCUCGGAGAUCGAUGAUAAUAGUUCGUUAAACUCUUCGGAUACAUCCGUGCUUGUUGUAUCACGACAGGCACCCGAUGGUGGAAAUCCCAUUGAAGAUGUUAAUGGUUCUUCCCUAUCAAAACCAAAUGAUCAUUCAACUGAUUCUUCAUCUACAAAAAGCUAAAAGUUCAUUUUAUACUUAUUGUUCAUUCGUUCAAAGUAGUACAUUACAUCUUCAAAGGAAAAAAUAGGUCGACUUCAACCACUACUAACAGUAAAAUUAACAGCAAGUGGCUUGAAAUGGUUUAGUUUUUUUCUCUAGACUUUAUGAACAAUUUUUUACCAUGCCUAUGCAGAAAACUCUGUAGAUCAAACUUAUUUUUCAAAGCUAAAUGAUAAAUAUUUAUCAUGCAGUAAAUUUGACAAAAAAUGAGUUUUAAAGUGAUUUUGAAUCGUACAUUUAAAAAAAAAAAAAAGAUAAAGAAAACAAGUAGACUAUUAUAAAUUAAGUAUUACGAUUUCUGUCUUUCAGCUGAAAUGACAAUCUCGCUGGUAGUUUGAAUUAAUCUAUAUUUUUCCCUUGUUGUGUUAUAUGCUAUUUUUUAAUUCAGUAAUUUUAUUCACGCAAAAAUGUAUUUACUAUUAUUAAUCUAUUUUUAAUUUUCUAUUUUAUUUAUUGUUAUUCAAUGAAUUAAUAAGAAAACCACAUGUAUUAUAAAUUGAUUAAUUGUUGAAUAAUCUUUUUUGUGAAUAAGAGAAUUGAAAUAAUUGUUUUUUAACUCAUUGGUGAUAGGAUAUAAUUUACCAGUGAAAAAAAAAUAAAGGGAGAGAAAAGGGAAAAUUUAAUAGUAAGUAAAUGCGUAAAAUAAGUGUUCUCUAAUGACUGAUUUACCGUAAAUACGUAAUAAAAACGUUUGAUAAAAAUAUUCAAAAAUUUCUCAUAAAUUGUAAUCAUAAAAAAAAAAA